AUUACAAGGACGAGUCACUGCCGGCGCCAUUACGAGUGCACGGGGGAUACGAAGAUCUGUAUCUCCGGUUCUACAAUUGCAAGAGUGCUAAUCAACAUAUCAUAUAAACAGUAAGUACUUGAAAUAAUUAGCCUUUUUUAAGUUUUAUUUUAAACUUUUAUAUAUUUUUUUUCUUUUUUUUUUUAAAUCUGCUGUUUUUUUUUCUUUUUUUCGCUGUGUCGUGUGUGCUUGCUGAGCAGGGCUAACUUAUAAGGCUGUAGUGAUGAGUAAGCACUGUAACAGUAUCAUUUUUUUAUUUUUUAUUUAUUAUAGUUUGUUUUAUUUAUAUACAUUGUUAUUUUAGAUUUAUUUUACAGAUUGACUGGGGCAAAUACCGCAUGUGAUGCCUAACUAGAUAUUGAAUAUUUAUUGGCUAGCUAUGUAUUUUAUUUAUUUGUUUACUUUUCCUAUGUUUCAGGACGAAGAUUCAUUAUUUAGCUGCUGUUGUUGUUGUUGUUGCUGUUGUUGUUGUUUAUUAUUUAGCUAUGUAUUUUAUUAUUAGUUUAAGUUUACUUUGUAUAUAUGUGUGAAGGACAGAGACAUUAUUUAGCUUCAGUCAUUAUUAUUAUUAUUUAGCUGUGUAUGUUAUUAGUUUACUUUUACUUUGUGUGUAUAAAGUACAGAGACGUUAUUUAGCUUUAGCCAUUAUUAUUAGUUUACUUUUACUUUCUUUGUGUAUUUAGCUUUAGCCAAUAUUAUUAUUUGGCUAUGUAUUUUAUCAUUAGUUUAACUUAUUUUUUUAUUAUUUUUAAUUUACUUUCUUUCUGUAUGUGAAAAUGGAUAGACUAUUAUUAUUAUUAUUAUUAUUAUUAUUAUUAUUAUUAUUAUUAUUAUUAUUAUUAUGAAUUGGUAUUUAUUUUAACAUUUUUUGUGUGUGUGCCAGGAUAUGGAUGGAGACAAUCAUCAGCUCCAGCAUUUGAUUCAGUCACAGACUGAGGAGAUCGGGAUCCUCCUCGUGGAAGACCAUGGAGGCAUAGACGCCAUGGAGGACCUCCUUGAUGAAGACAAGCUGCUUCAGGAGGAUGAUCUGGAGGAGCCCCAGCUCAGCACUUCAACUGCAGGAUUUCUGGUAUAUCGCCGGGUGAAAACAAGUCACAAGGGCAGAUUCUUACUCCAAAUGUGAGGUGGGGACAAAGCCCCAUUAACCAGACCACACCCUGGGAAACGGAUGAACCUCCAGCAAAACAGAUAAGGGAGAAUGAAGGCACGGGUACCGCACCGUGGGUUCCACCAGUAGCAGCAGCCAGCCAGGCAAGCCUUUUAGCCCACGCGUAUGGAAUGCCACAGCCUCCGGCCUAUAGUCAACCAGUGAAUGUCCAGGCACCUGUAAUGGGAGUUACGCCCACUAUGCAAACUCCAGUCCCACCACAACACCCGCUAAUGACAGCGCAUUACCAGCUCCCACAGCAACCAUCACAGCCUCUUACUAACAUGGUCAUGAACAUGCAAAGUCAGUCUCUUUACACGAACAGUCAGCCACCAAUCACCAUGUCCCCUAUAACCGGGGUUUGUCAGGUGACCCACCCUGUUCACACUGUAGUAGGGAAUGGUCACAUGACUCGCCCUGUGCUGCAGCCUCCUCCUCUGCCUGCUGUUCUGCACAGGAGUGCACCAGUGACCAAUGGGCAAACUGCCCCUCAACCUUCCCAGCCUCUUCCCAACCCUCCAGCCAAUCCAGAGAAUGCAAACGGGUUGCAGAUGCUAAGGACGAUUGGCAUGGGAAAGUACGAGUUUACAGAUCCCUGGCAUCCUAAAGAAAUGUUGAAGGAGCUGAACCAGCAGCGCAGAGCGAAAGAGUUUACAGACCUGAAAAUUAUUGUUGAAGGCAAAGAGUUUGAAGUCCACCAAAAUGUUCUAGCUUCCUGCAGUUUGUAUUUCAAGGACCUGGUUAAAAGGUCGUCCAGUGAGAGUCGGAACGGUGAGAAGUUAGAGCUGACCAUGGCCAACAUAGACGCUGACGUUCUGGAACUUCUGCUGGAGUUUGUUUACACAGGCUCCCUGAUCAUAGACUCGGCCAACGCCAAAACUCUGCUGGAAGCAGCCAACAAAUUUCAGUUCAAUACUUUCUGCAAAGUCUGUGUGUCUUUCUUAGAAAAACAGUUGACUGCCAGUAACUGCCUGGGAGUGUUAGCCAUGGCCGAGGCGAUGCAGUGCACUGAACUGCACAACAUGGCCAAAGCCUUUGCCCUGCAGAACUUUCCCGAAGUCGCAAGCCAGGAAGAGAUCCUCGGUAUCUCCAAGGAGGAUUUCAUCAGCUACAUGUCAAAUGACAGCCUCAACACCAAAGCAGAGGAGCUGGUGUAUGAAACAGUGAUAAAAUGGAUUAAGAAAGAUCCUGUAAACAGAGUUCAGCAUGCGUCAGAGUUGCUGGCUGUGGUGCGUUUGCCCUUCAUCCACCCCAGUUACCUGUUAAACAUUGUUGACAACGAGGAGUUGAUAAAGUCUUCAGAGGCCUGUCGGGACCUGGUCAACGAAGCGAAGCGCUAUCACAUGCUGCCACACGCUCGGCAGGAGAUGCAGACACCAAGGACUAGACCUCGGCUAUCGGCAGGUGUAGCAGAGGUGAUCGUCCUGGUUGGAGGCCGGCAGAUAAUUGGAAUGAACCAGCGAGCCCUGACCGUCGUCACAUGUUUCAAUCCACAGAACAACAAGUGGUACCCGCUGGCCAGCCUGCCCUUCUAUGACCGCGAGUUCUUCAGUGUCAUCUCCGCUGGGGACAAUGUCUAUCUGUCAGGUGGAAUGGAGUCUGGUGUCACUGUCUCGGAUGUCUGGUGCUACAUGUCGCUACUUGAUAACUGGAACCUUGUGUCUCGGAUGACAGUCCCCCGCUGCCGACACAACAGCCUGGUGUACGAUGGAAAGCUCUACACCAUCGGGGGACUGGGUGUAGCUGGAAACCUUGAUCAUGUUGAAAGGUAUGAUACCAUCACUAACCUAUGGGAGACUGUGUCGCCCCUCCCUAAGCCAGUGCACGCUGCAGCUGCCACAGUGUGUGGAGGAAAAAUCUAUGUGUUUGGUGGGGUGAACGAUGCAGGAAGACCUGCAGGAGUUUUGCAGUCAUAUGUCCCUCAGACCAACACCUGGAGUUUCAUAGAGUCUCCCAUGAUAGAUAACAAGUAUGCACCCGCUGUUACCCUCAAUGGAUUCAUCUUCAUCCUUGGAGGAGCUUAUGCCAGAGCCACCACCAUCUAUGAUCCAGACAAAGGAAAUAUCAAAGCAGGCCCCAACAUGAACCACUCCAGGCAGUUCUGCAGUGCUGUAGUUCUAGAUGGCAAGAUCCACGCCACGGGAGGAAUCGUCAGCAGUGAAGGCCCAGCGCUGGGGAACAUGGAAACAUUCGACCCUUGUACGAACGUCUGGACACUCUUGCAAAACAUGCCUUGCCCUCUAUUCAGACAUGGCUGCGUAGUUAUUAAAAAAUACAUCCAGAGUGGUUGACAGUACAGCACAUAAUGAUCUCUUGUAGCAGUUUGUAUGUUUAAAAAAAAAAAAAAAAAAAAAAAAAAAAAAAAAAAAAGAAUAAA